AUGUGCAGCCGCGAGAAGGACGUACCUGCGCUUGCUAGCGACGCGAAGGGUGUGGCAGAUCGCCGUCCGGCCGCGCUUGCGCCGUCGGCGGCCCCAUCUGGCCCCCCACUUAUGACGACCAGUGCUAUGGCUAUGGAUUUGGUGGACACAGCUCCGGAAACUUUGAAGACAGCGCUGUCUCUUCCGCUCCCCGAUUCUGAAGAUGAGAGCUCCACCGCCCCUCAGCCACGCGGACGAAGUGGGAAACAGAAGAGGAGGGCAACAGCCGCAACGUCCGCUGUCCGCAGCUCGCCGAUCGAGAAGAGGGACAAGCAAGAUUUCGCCCCUGACGCUGAUGGCUUUGUCCCGGCCGAGCGCACUGCAAGACGCAUGCAGUUAUCGACGACGCUUCCAACUGCCGUCGCCAAUUCAUUCGACGCGCUCGCUGACGCGCCGGACCAGCUGCCGCGCGAUCCUGCGCCAAAGAAAGACUCCCAUCUCCCGCCGGUGGUCCUCCAGUUUCGGCCGCCCUAUGGGGAACUGCAGAAGUUGUUGCGCAGCUGGACAACGGCCGUGUAUACUGUGAAGCCUGCCGGACGAGACCUGUACAGGGUCCCACUCCGAACUGCUGACGACUAUCGCCGGGUCACUCAGGAGCCGUCUGAGCGUGAUGUGUUAAAUGCGCCGGCGCCCACGCAGGAAGUGCGUGCCCCCGUCCGCCCACUGAGAAGUCGACUUGUGCACUCUGUGGCGGUGCUCACGUGGCCAGCUAUCGUGGGUGUGAAGUGUGGAAGCGUGCCAUCGCUCGCCAAUGUAGCCAAACACCAGCGCCACAUCCGAAGAAGCCAGCAACGAGACGGCCCGGCGUCUCUUUCGCGGCGGCAACCUGCUAGUGGCGGACCCGGGUACUGCCUCUCACGGCCCGACGGCCAGACCGCGCCCCGCCAAUCGCCUGCGCGGGGUCAGCGCCCCGUGGGUACCCAGCGCUCAGCACCGUCAGUCGAGCAGCCCCAGGUGGACUCUCCAAGCGAGUCAGCCACGCCUCCCCCUUCCAGCGACGGGGCCGCGCCGGCUGCCUCCACCGCUGACCUGGCCAACCUCGUCGCGCAGCGCACUGCCUUGGUGACCAGUGCUACCAAAUUGAUUGAAGCCCUGUCGCAGCAACUCACCGCUGCAGUGCCGCUGGCCUCUCCGGCCCCGACCGCUGUCAAUACUCACCAGCUGCACCAUGGGCAGCGUUAG